AUGGACGACGGCAGUGACAAACCGAUAGCUUAUACAUCUCGAACACUUACAUCAGCAGAGAAGAAUUAUUCCGUUCUUGAGAAGGAGAGUCUGGCAAUUAUAUUUGCAUGGUAUCAAGAAAUUUCAUCAAUAUUUGUAUGGACACCCAGUUACAAUCAUAACCGAUCACAAGCCGCUGAUAGUUGUCAGGAAAACCGCAAGUUACCAGCAGAAGCACCGUUACAUCCGUGGGAAUAUCCGAGCCAUCCGUGGGAAUAUCCAAGCCAUCCGUGGUCAAGAAUACACAUAGACUUUGCAGGACCAUUCAUCAACAAAUCAUUUCUAAUUAUGGUUGAUGCGUAUUCAAAAUGGAUAGACAUACACGUAAUGAAUUCUACAACAUCCGAAGCUACGAUUGCAAAACUUCAACAAACGUUUGCAACACAUGGUUUAUGUGAUCUAAUUAUUAGUGAUAAUGGAGCCGCAUUUACUAGUAAGGAAUUCGCCGAUUAUGUGAAAUCAAACGGAAUUGAACAUCGUACUUCCGCGCCGUGGCAUCCAUCUAGUAAUGGUUGUGCUGAACGAGCAGUUCAGAGUUUCAAAGAAGGUAUGAAGAAAUCAAAGAAGGAACUGUCCAGGAAAAAUUGA